AUGCCUAUGGACACGCUGGCCUCUUCGUCCCCUGCUGCCCCAGCCCUACCUUUCCGCCUUCGAACCAAGGUCCCCGGGUACCUGCUUCGGCGGCCAGCAGAUGGUGGGGCCCGGAAACCCAGCGCCGUGGAGCGCCUGGAGGCGGACAAAGCCAAGUAUGUCAAGAGCCUGCACGUGGCCACUACCCGCCAGGAGCCGGUGCAGCCCCUGCUGGCCAAGCAGCCACUCUUCAGCCCCGGGACUCGCCGCACAGUGCUCACCCCGAGCCGCCGCCGGACCCCUGGACGUCCAGAAGGAGCCCGUCAGGACGUCCCAGCCACCCGGCCACGGCCAGCACUCAGCACGGCGGCAGUCCGCCGGGUGGACGUCCGCCCCCUGCCCUCCUCGACGGUCCAGGCCUGUUCAUUGCCGGGCAGAGCUGCCGCCUCCAGCCCUGCCCGGCCACCGGGUUUGCAGCGCUCCAAGUCGGACCUGAGUGAGCGCUUCUCGAGGGCCACUGCUGACCUGGAGCGCUUCUUUAACUUCUGUGGGCUGGACCCCGAGGAGGCCCGUGGUCUGGGCGUGGCCCACCUGGCACGAGCCAACUCGGACAUCAUGUCCCUGGCCGGGCCCAGUGCUGGGCCGGGCAGCUCCGAGGGGGGCUGCUCCCGCCGCAGCUCUGCCACUGCCGAAGACCGGGUCCGGGAGCGCGUGCCCUAUGGGGUGUCGGUGGUGGAGCGCAAUGCUCGUGUGAUCAAGUGGCUGUAUGGCCUGCGGCAGGCCCGGGAGACCCCUGCGGUCGAGUGCUAG